CGCGACCAGAGGCUGUUGAUUCACACUCCUCCGUCGCACGCAGCGCAGAGUAGGAUCUGAUUCUCAAAAUGGUGAGCAUCAAGGAAGUUCUGAUCGUGUCCGUGUUGGUGGCCGCGGUGGCUGUUUCUCCCGCCGAUGCUGUUCCAACGAGACACGCUAGGCCCCGUCCUCAGCCCAGGCCGAGGCCAGGGACGUGUCCGGACACGAGCGACAUCGUCUCCAUCUGCGUCGUGACGGAACGCAACUGCUUCUCGGACGGCGAGUGCGGAGCCGGCCAGAAGUGCUGUCCGAUUGGCUGCGGGAGAGAGUGCCUGGCUGUGGUUCCUUACGGAAGUGGAAGGUAAAGGGUCCAAAUUUCAAGAUGAUGACGUCAUCGCGCAGCACGGUUGGCUCAUGGUUCACUAUGUGAUGAUUCAUUACAAAUAAAAUUGUGUGGCUUAUGA